AUGGAGCCCUUGAUUGCGAAGAACAAGGCCAGGCUUGCGGGCGCCGCACGGACUGCCCACGGAACAUCUGCCAUGAUGGGAGACAUCUCGGGUGCCUACACCUGGAAAACCCACAUUUUGGUGCCUGUGGUGACUGUAUUUGCCAUUCUGUCUGCUGGGCCUCUUCAGGCCUUCCCUCUGUACGUGAGGCAGCUGGUCGAUGCUGGGGUCUUCAACUGGGCUUGUGAUCAGGGCGUCAGGACGUGUCCGGAGCAGGAGGAAGCCUUGCAAGAUCUCUACACCAGCACAUUUUCGGCACAGAUGCGCUUCUUUAUUUUGGUGGGACUGGCUUAUGAUAUGUACGGAGCUCGGGUGGCAUCAUGCCUCGGCGCGUUAACUGCGGGUCUUUGCUUUGUGGGCCUGGCUUUCAUGUCCUCAUUGGACUCCCAGGCAUGGCCUUUGACGCAACGGAUCGUGAUGUAUUUCUGUUUUCUUUUUGCCGACCUCGGUGGUAACUUGGCAUCCUACAGCCUCUUGGGAUGGAUGUGGCAUUAUCCAUUGCUGCAGACAUCUUUCAUUGGCCUCAGCAACGCUGCAACACAGGCCUCUGGAGCGCUGGGCUUCGUUUUUGACACCUUGGCUGAAGACGGCUACACAAUCGUGGAGACCUUUUUGGUCUUGGCCGGCCUGAGCCUAUUGUCUGGGCUUGUUUUCAUGUUGAGCUGCCCAACCAAACGUGAGACGCUGACGCAAGCUGGACGAGUUCUCAAUACUCAUCCGACAAGCCUGGACGUCUAUUCAAUAGUAGGAUGGCUGGCCAUCAAGCACUCGGUCAAGGAGGCUGUCGGAGUCUUCAAUCUCUAUCCAGUGCAGAACACCUGCAUGCUGCUUUACAUCAGCUUCUUUAUGGCUGGCGUGCUGACCUGUUUCAGCGGGCUCGAGGCUCGUUAUCGCGCAUUGUUUGACCCCGACGAUGCUGAGAGCCUGCUGGCCGCGUAUGCAGCACUUAUGGCGGUUUUGGGGAUCGGAUUGAACCCCGCCGCUGGCUUGCUGUUUGAUUAUUUCGGAUUUGUAAACAUUUUCAUAUUUACGUCAUUUCUGGCGCUGCUGGUCCCUUUGACGUUGAUGGUGCCAAUAUUCUGGGCGCAGCUGCUCAACAUAAUCUUUCUGGUCACGUGGUUCAGCCUAUUCCUGAACGUCAUUUCGCGGUAUUCCGUGACCUUUGCUCCUCCAGAUUUCUUCGGAACAUUUACAGGCUUCCUGACCUCGUUGGCCGGAAUAGCGGCUUACUUGGCGGAUGCAAUACUGGAGCAACACAGCCUUAUUUCAACCGCAGCCCUUACAAUGCUCGUGGGCUGGGGCUUCAGUGUGUAUUUGGCAGUGAUUAUGCAUCGUGAAGAUGGCCUGCCAUACAAACCUCCAAAGAAUCGCUUUGGCUAG